AUGAGGAGUUCCGUUGUUGUUGUCUCCGUCAUAAUCUAAACACUAUUUUCGCUUUUAUGCUCAUCGAACCUUAGCAUUUCUAUGUUAUUACGGUGUGUCUUCAGGUAUAAAAAACUAUUAGGUUGCAAUAGCGCAAAGCAAAUUAUUCAUCAGCGACACUCUUGUUGUAACAUAAACUUUAAACAGACUGCGCCGCGGUCAACGAUUACCGAAAUGUACGAAUAUCAUAUCGUAAAGUGUAUUGUGAUUUAUUUGAUGAUUGCAAGUGGAAUAAAUGCAAAUGAUGAAAGUGUCGGAAAUGAAAUUGUCCAACGCGAUAGUGGUUGGCUAAAAAGUGCCGAAAAUGUCCUUGCUGGUCCAGCUGGACAUGUGGUUGUUGAAGUUGCUAAAGAUUUGCUAAGUCGUUCGACGGGUAAUAGUCAAGUUUUAAGCUUGAAUUUGACGAACUUGCUUGUGAUAAUACUUUUGAAAGUUUUAAUAUUUGCUGCUGGACUUUUGGGAGCUGGUCAUUGGAGUCAUUAUGGAAGAGGCAGGAGCUUAACUACAACUUCAUUCUUCGAAGAUGGCGAAGGUCAUUUAAUCACUGGAUUCUUAGCUGCACAAGGCUCUGGAAAUGACGGCUGUUUAUAUCAAGCUGCUUGCCGUUCUCCAAUAGCAGCCUAUGAAUAUGCUCGUGCUGCUAAAGCUUUACUAAAUGGAAUUGAAAAAUACGAAGGAAAAUCUCAAGACAAUCCCCGCUACAACGAUUUGAUUGUUCUGGUUGAGAAAGCAGCUUAUGAUGGUUACAAGGGAACUCCGUGUGACAUAGCUUAUAAAUGCAAUAUGUAACCACGAACUGACAUUAUCACAAUCAAACAGACAUUAAACAAACAUUUUUAUAUUUUAUUUAAGUACAUAAAUUAAAUACUAAUUUAUUUUUGAUUUUGCUUG